AUGGGGGGUUUGGUUUUGGUUAUGGGGGUUUGUGUGGGGGGGUGGGUGUGGGUGGGGUUGGGGGGGGUUGGUGGGGUUGGGGGGGGUGGUGGUUGUUUUGGGGGGUUGGGUGGGGGGGUGGUGUGGGGGGGGGUGGGUGGGGGUUUGGGUGGGUGGGGUGGGGGGUGUGGGGGUUUUUGUGGGGUUGGGUUGAGGGGGGGGCGGGUGUGUGGGGGGGGGGGAAAUAUG